AUGGCUUCUCUUCAAUCCUCCUUCGCGGUUCUCUACACCACCCCUAAACCCCGCAAUUCCGCCUUCAUGAAACCCUCGAGGGCGAGGGUUUCAUGCAACGGUGGCGAGAGCGGGGGCGGCCGUCUAGACCGCAGAAACAUGCUCUUUGGGCUUGGCGGUCUGUACGGCGCAAGCAGCCUCGUCGGUGGCCGUAAAGCCGAGGCCGACCCGCUCCAACCUCCUGAUAUAAGCUUUUGCGACCACGAAGGCACAACUACUACUGUAAGCGGCAGGGUGGUUCAUCUCGACACCGACUGCUGCCCGCCUGAUAGGAGUGAAAGGCCAAUGGAAGUGAUGAGCACGAGGACGCCUACUUCCAGAUUUUUCUCCUUUGAACCAACUGCCUCCCUACUUCCUCGGCGGCUGUAUACCUUCCAGCCGUUGACCGUAUCACCGCCCUUCACCGAUAAGGUCGAAGAACACAUGUUCCCGUUGAUUCCGGAGACACCACGGGUUAGGCCCGCGGCUCACAGGAUGACGCCUGAAUACUUAGCCAAGUACAAGCUAGCCAUCCAGAAGAUGAAGGAGCUGGACACCACGGACCCUGACGAUCCGCGCGGGUUCACACAGCAAGCCAACGUCCACUGCGCUUACUGCAAUGGCCCCUAUGAUCAAGUCGGCUUCCCCAACCUCGAUAUCCAGGUUCACAACUCCUGGAUAUUCUUCCCUUUCCACAGGUGGUACCUGUAUUUCUUCGAGAGAAUCUGUGGUGAACUCAUCGGAGAUCCCACCUUCGCCCUGCCCUACUGGAACUGGGACCACCCCGAUGGCAUGUACAUGCCCAAACCCUUCACCGAGGCCUACUCGCCCCUCUACGACUGCAACCGCAACCAAACGCAUUGGGGAGACGCCCUUGUCGACCUUUACCUCUUUGAUGAAGGAGCGAGUGUCGAUGCUAAUCUUAACCAAAUGCAACAGGAAAUGAUUGUUCAAGGUGACACCGCCCUCAACUUCAUGGGCACACCGUACAGGGCCGGAGAUCCGCCACACGGAGUUCCCCUUGGCGGGACAUCCGAGCGCGGAUCCCACAUUGCCCUCCAUGUCUGGACCGGAAACCCCCAAAAUCCUUUCCACGAAAACAUGGGGAACUUCUACUCUUCAGGAAGGGACCCCCUUUUCUACUGCCAUCACGCAAACGUUGACAGAAUGUGGACCAUCCGGAACGACCUCCACCCCACAGUACCGUCCAUCGAUGAUCCCGAUUUCCUAAACGCGGCCUUCUUGUUCUACAACGAGAAGAAGAAACUUGUCAAAGUCAAAGUCAGCGACUGCUUAAACUAUAAAAACAUGGGAUACGAGUAUGAAGCCAGCGAUAUUAGCCCAUGGCUCAACUACGUGCCACCUCGGAGAGAAAUCCCGGCAAAUGUCCAAGAACUCGCGAAAACGGCGCAGGCUACAAAACAAGCUUUCCCUGCCACUCUCGCCGAGACUAUAAGGGUUGAUGUUGCCAAACCAUCUAAAGGGAAGGCCGACGAGGUGCUCGUGAUCGAGGGCAUUGUCACCUACAGCAACGACGAGCUCAUUGGGUUCGAUGUCUACGUCAAUGAUGACGAAAACAGUAAGGAUGGCCCUGUUAGUCCAGAGAGAGCCGGAGGCUUCACGCAGAUACCACACAGGUCAAGGACUGCUGAGGCCCCCAGCGACCUCAGAAUCGUCUUGACGGAACUCUACAAGAACAUUAAUAUUGCGGAUGAUGAUGACAUUGUAGUCGUCACUGUCGUUUCCCGCUACAAUGGUGGCGCUGUUACCAUUGGUGGGAUUAAGAUCCUUCCCCGUGUUCCUGCCGCUUAG